UUGUGUGAAAGGCUGUCAAGAACCGAUGAAAAUCUUCCGCUUUUGCCUUUGAAAAACGAAUUUGAAUAUAAACAUGUCAAGCUACCUGUACGACCACUAAAUGUAAAAUUCAACAUCUAUCAAAGUGUAGUAGAUUUUUCAUUAGCAUUUCAAAGAAAAAAUUUUAGUGAAAAAAUAACAAUUACACUAGGAAUUGGAAAACUGAUUGAAGCGGAAGUGUUACUCAGAAAAGUUCUUCCUAAGCAUUGCGAAUUUUUUGGCGUAGAUCCUUCUGCACUUUAUAACAAAGCUUUAGUAGAGAGUUAUAAUGGUACCUUCUUUGAGGCAGCAAUUGGAGACAAAACCGAGGUCAAAAAUGCACUUAUUCUUACAGAUAAAGGAUAUAAAUUUUUACGUAUAAAGCAUGUUGCUCUUGAAGAGUUUUUAACUAAUACAGUCGGCAAA